AUCCCUUGUGUUCACGUAAAUUCUAAAAACUAGCCAAGUUACAAUAUAAACAAAUGAAAAUUAACCACAAAUAUGAGUUCGACGAUGAUGUUGCAUCGAUAUGUGAAUCAACAGGUGCAUUGACCGAGGGAUGCCGCUUGUCCGUGCGUAUGCACAAGACCGAUGACUGGCCACUAGCGGAGAUUGUCAGCAUCAAGGAAUUGGAUGGCAGGCGGCAGUUUUAUGUGCACUAUGUGGACUUUAACAAACGACUUGAUGAAUGGGUCAACGAGGAGGACCUGGACACACGCAAAGUACAAUUCCCGCGCCGUGACGGUCCACAAACAGGCACCAGUACAGGCGUGACUACACCGAAGCGCCAUCAUUCGCUAGCCGGCAGUGUUUCUCGGCCAACGUCGCCUCAGCACACUGGAAGCGGUGGUGGCGGUGGCGGCUCCAACGCUGGUGGUAAUAGCGUCGGUGGCGGUAUUGUUGUUGGCGGUGAACUCGUAAACGGCAACAAUGUGCUCGCUGCGGCGCUGCAAAAGCGCAUCAAUCGAAAACGCAAGGUUCAUAACGCUUCCAAUACUCAUCAUCUGCAUCAGCAACAGCAGCCCCAGCAACAGCAUCAGCAAGGAGCUACUGUGCACGUGACAGGUGAUGGCAUACUUACAUCUGUAACUGCGAACGAGGAUGGCUCCCAGGAUGGUAAGAUACCAACGCCACGGCAAUCGGGCAGCAUGGUCACACAUCAGGAUGAUGUGGUGACUCGUAUGAAGAAUGUCGAGAUGAUCGAAUUGGGCCGACACCGCAUUAAGCCUUGGUACUUCUCACCGUAUCCACAAGAGCUAUGCCAAAUGCCUUGUAUUUACAUUUGUGAGUUCUGCCUCAAGUAUCGUAAGAGUCGCAAGUGCCUGGAACGUCAUUUGUCGAAAUGUAAUUUACGCCAUCCGCCCGGCAAUGAGAUCUAUCGCAAGCACACCAUAUCCUUCUUUGAAAUUGACGGACGUAAGAACAAGGUGUAUGCGCAGAACUUGUGCCUACUGGCUAAGUUAUUUCUCGAUCAUAAGACGCUAUAUUAUGACACAGAUCCGUUUCUGUUCUACGUGAUGACCGAAUUUGAUUCCCGUGGCUUUCACAUUGUUGGUUACUUUUCAAAGGAGAAAGAAAGCACCGAGGACUACAAUGUAGCCUGUAUAUUGACUAUGCCGCCUUAUCAGCGCAAGGGCUAUGGCAAACUACUCAUCGAGUUUAGCUAUGAGUUGUCCAAGUUUGAGGGAAAGACGGGCUCGCCAGAGAAGCCAUUAUCUGAUUUGGGCUUGCUUUCGUAUCGCUCAUAUUGGGCACAAACCAUACUCGAGAUAUUCAUCAGUCAGAAUCCCAACACUGAUGGCGAGAAGCCCACCAUAACCAUCAACGAUAUAUGCGAAUGCACGUCGAUUAAGAAAGAGGAUGUGAUCUCAACAUUGCAAAAUCUAAACCUCAUCAAUUACUACAAAGGCCAAUAUAUAGUCUGCAUCAAUCGUGAUACUAUCGAGCAGCAUAGACGCGCCAUGGAUAAACGCAAGAUUCGUAUAGACUCCAAAUGCUUGCAUUGGACGCCAAAAGACUGGUCCAAACGCUCCAAGUGAACUUUUGAACCGCUGCGGCGCUGUUGCUAAUUAACCAUCAACGAAUGCACAAUAAUCGAAUGUGGCUAGGCGAUGCCUCCAGCAAAGCAGCCACAGCUGGCUCCUAACACGCUUAGCCCGCUUUUACCACGUCCUGACCACAGCGCCAAAAUGGAGGCGAUCUUUAAGUUGCCGUUACCUGUUCACGUUCGAAUCAAAUAACCAAUUUCCGCGCCUCCUAACUCUAAUGUAAGAUUUUUAGGAUAUCAAUUAUUAAGGAUGUACAUAACAUAUAUUUUAGUUUAAUUAUAAGCCAUUUAAUAAUGUUAAAAAAUAUUCUGUAACAAUAAAUAUGCGAUAGGG